CUGGUUUCUCAUUAGCAGUCGCCUAUCAACCUCGCAAUGACUUCCACCACCUUGAUCAACCAACUCGACUUUGAAAUCGAAACUCUUUUCCCCCCUCCCUCCGCUCCUCCCUCUACCUUGUCCCCCUGUAGGCUUCCGGGGACCAGCAUUGAAUCGCUUGCCGCUCUGCAGUAUGUUCUCAAGGACAACCACAAGCAAUGGCAUAUUUUUCUCAACGACCUGAAGUUUCAUAAUCACAUCACGCACAGAGCUCUAGCUUUGUAUGCUCUGGGUGGGAGCGGGUCGUUAAUUCGAGAGUAUUAUAAACAAGAUAGCCAGAGACAGCUCCCUGCAGUUGAGUCACCUCAAGCUAUUGCCCUUACCAAUUUCGUUGAUCAUCUGGGGGACGAACGCUAUUAUAAGGGUUAUGUCACCUUCUUUGGCCAGGAAAUAGAUGAGAAGGGUAUUCCUAUGGUACUAGAGAAGUACAUCUUUUCCGACAGGUUCCAGUACCAGAAGGGAGCCUUCAUUCAACCAGAAAUGUUGUCUCGCUUCACGGCAUCCCUCCUGCAUGCACUCAUCCAUGUAGGUCACGGACUGGAGUUCGGUCUGAAGGGCAUGGUGGUUGAAGGCCUUGCACUAGCUGCGGUUCAAGACGUAGAUGGAAAAGAUUUUUAUCCUACGCGAUUCAUUAUCGAAAACACGCACCUGGCGACUGAGGUCCAUACACAUGUCUUCGAUAUUAUUGCACGCAUGGUCCGAGAUGGCAAUCUCAAAGUUGAAAAUGUACAGGUCUUCGGAGAGUUCAAGCAAGCAGUGGACGAACACGCGGAACGCAUUCGCGGCUAUGCAGCUCAAUGGACUAUCGACGUGACGAAGAGCGGGGAAAUCGAGAGAAAAAUGGAGGAGUUAAUCUGGUUGACCUCAUCGCUGUACGCCAUUGGAGGUUUCGACGAGGCCAAGGGAUUCACUGGCGAAUUUUUCCUGUAAGAUGCAUAUGGUUACUUCAAGUCUGUUCUUGCCCUCUCUGAUCGGACCCUUGACACCGAGCUCCCAGGCGCUGCUCCUGCGUGCGUACCUAGUGACGGUGUUGACAUGGUGGGUAGCGCGUG